AUGUUUUUAAUGGAUACUCCUUCUGCUGAAGACUAAAUUGAAUUUAUCAACUUAAUAAAUCGAUUACUUUUAAUCUAUGAUAAAAUUCAAGCCACUUUAAAGAUAAUUGCUUUAGUAAGUUCUUGUCAACUUAAUAAAUCUAAAUCAAUUAAACAAUAGUCAACAAUAACACUUUAUAAUUGUAAACUCCUAUUAAUAUCUCAAUUAUUCAGAUACCUUUUUAUUCAUAUUAUCCAAUAUAAUAUUUUAAAGAAUACAAUAGUAACCUUUAUGAAUGUAAAAUCCCAUUAUCAUUAUCAACAGAUAAAAUUUGUGAUGAUAAUUGGUUUUCAAAUUCACCAACAUGUGGAUUCUAAUAUUCAGAAAAAAAUAUAAUUUAAGAUAGUCAAGUUUUUUAUUGUUCUUGUAAUUCUAAAGACUUAAUCUAAUAAAAUGAUGAUCUAAUCAGAGAUAAUAUAAUCUCCUCUUUGGUAUAGGUAUCUUAUUUAUAUAUUAUUAAGCUCUUACAAAAUAUCUCAAUUUAUAAUCUAGUACAAUAUUACUAUUUCCAUAAGCUAUUCACUUAAUCUUACUCAAUAGUUCAAUUUAGGAUCUGAAAUAUAGGAGUAGAAAGACUAAAACAUUUUUGCUAAAAUUGUUUCUGGUUUUAGCCCAUAAUAAUAACCACCUGUUUUGGAAAAUCUAUAUUUCAUGAAACCAAGUUUACUAAUUAAUCAUAAUGGAGUUUAAAUUGGAUCAGAAGCUUAUAUGCCUAUACCAUAAGAAUUAGUAGGAUAAGGCGAUUGCAAUAAAAUUGGUGUAUCAUAUUCUUCUUUUAAAAAUUAAACAUAGAAAUGUAAAAUACUUAUGCAAUCUUGUUUAUAAAAUCAAAUAGAAGAUUUAUAUCAAAAUGAUCUAGAAUUAAUUGCUAACAAUUCUUAACCUUAAUAUUUGAUUUUUAAAUAUGGAUAAUUUAAAUAAACUAACAUAAAUGAUGACUUAUUCCUCUAAUUUACCUUCGAUGAAUCAAUGACUACAUCUAUUGAAUUAUUUAUCAAUAAUGCAAAUGAUAUUACAUAUAUUAAAGAUAUUAAAGAAAGUGAGAAAGGUUAAAUAGAUUUAGUUGAAAUUCACAAUUUUUCAGCUGCAUCAGGUUUUGGUUCAUUGUAUGCUUAAAUAACAAAUAUUGGUGAAAUCUUUCUUAAUUGCUUUAAUAAUACUCAAACAAUCUAUUCUACAGAUCUUUCUUUAGACCCUUAGAAAAGUAAAAUAGUUUAAUAAGACAUAAAUUUUUCGACUCAAAUCAGAGAAUCAAAUUCAUGUAAUUUUAGUUUAUUAAAUAAUGAAGGAUCCCAUUUAGAUUGGAAAACUAUUUAUUUUGAUGAAUUAAAUGAUAACAAUCAAAAAAGCAAUUCAUCUUUUAAUUUUAAAGAAAAUACCUGUGAUUCAAAAUGCUCUCCAUUUUUUGAUAUCUAUUGCUAUUUUCAAUAUAAAUGUGAAUCUUAUAUUAUCACAUUUUUUACUGUUUUAAGUGGAAUUUUUAUUACAAUCUGUUUUUGUUGUAUAUAUUUAGGAUACAAAAAGAAAUUGAGUUGUUGUUAGUUUAAAAAAUAAUUAUAAAACAACACCUCCCCUUUAGAGAGUUUUUUGUACUAGUAAAAUAAAGAAUUGAAAAGAAGAAUUAAAUUAUCAGAUUCAUAUUAAGAAUCAUAUUGUUAAUAGUAAAUAUUGAUAUUGUCUGUGUCGUAAGAUGAAGUGAUGUAUUUAAAUUUAGCUUUAGGGACAGAUCCAAUUUUUAAUGAACUCUAAUGAGAUGCAUCAUUUGAAGUAUUGGAAACAUAUUAGAAGAAAGAGCUUAUAAAAUUAUCAGUUAAAAGAAACAGUUAAUUUGUAAAAGUAUUUAAAUAGAUUUAUGGUUUAUAAAACAUAGAAAGAAUGUAAAAAAAUACUUAGCAGUAAAGGUUGA